UGUUAAUCGAUACACGAAAAUAAAUAAUGUCAAGUCGUAGUGUGACGGAUUAAAAUUAUAUCAAAAUUUGAUUCGAAGUGAAAAAGGUGGAACUGAUUCAUCUGAUGAGUAGUGGAGCUUCCAUGGCCAUGGCUUAGGGUUUCUAGAUUUGUACAACGGCAAUUGCUGUCUGCUACGCCAUGGGCUCCAAGCGCAAGCUCCUGCUGCAAUUAACUGUCCUCUUCUUCCUCGAUAGCUUUCGUCUGUCUUUCUCAGUUUCAGAGGGGACAAAUUCAUUUGAGUCAGUUCCUGAUCUUGAGAAAUCUAUGUACACACAAGUUGAAGGCUUCCCAUGUGUACGCCUGCUCAACCUUUCAGGAGAAAUUGGUUGUUCAAACCAUGGCCGUGGGAAAGUUGUAGCCCAAAUUGUCAAAUUUGAUAGCAUAAAGGAGUUGGUUGGAUCAGCUGCAAUCCUGGUUUCUGUGGGAGAUUUUGAAAGCUUACUUUCAAGGAUUACAGAAGAUUCAGGUUUUGCUGCAAAAGUUGCUGGUAUUUUGGUUGAAUCAGGAAGCGAGGUUCAAAAUGCUGUGAAGGGAUUUUCUCCAGAUGUAAAGUUUCCCCAAGCAGAGUUUGCUCCAUACAACAGCAAUAAUUUUGAGUGGAACCCAUCUGGGUCUGGAAGCAUGUGGAAAGCUUAUAAUAUUCCCAUUUUUUUACUCUCUCAGAAUAGCACAUCAAUCUUAAGAGAGGUUGCUUCAAAGAAAGUAGAAAGUACAAGGUCCUAUACUAAAAAUGUUGCCGAGUUUGAUCUAGUGAUGCAGACCACAAAGUCUGGUACUCAUGAUUCACACUCUUGUUUAAAAGAAAGAACUUGCCUUCCUCUUGGUGGAUACAGUGUCUGGUCAGCACUUCCACCAAUUAAUAAUUUGACUUCACCAAAGGAAAAACCAAUUUUAUUGGCAAUGACAUCUAUGGAUUCAGCAUCAUUUUUCCGUGACAAAAGCCUUGGUGCACAGUCUCCUAUAUCAGGGUUGAUUGCAUUGCUUGCUGUAGCUGAUGCACUUUCUCAUCUUAAAGAUUUGGAUAAACUUAACAAACAGCUUGUUUUUGUGGUCCUCACUGGAGAAGCCUGGGGUUAUCUUGGAAGCCAGAGAUUCCUUCUGGAAUCUGAUCAGCAAUCAGACACCAUUAAAGGGAUUAACUUGUCUAAGAUUGAAACGGUGGUGGAAAUUGGAUCAGUUGGAAAGAGCUCUGUUCAUGGCACCAGAACAUUUUUUACUCAUACUACAGAGAAAAGCUCAGCAGAUGUAACCUUUGAGGCACUACAAAGUGCGCAGGACUCAUUGAAAACAGAUAAUAUCGUACUCAAACCCGCCAGCAGAUCAAAUCCUGGAGUGCCUCCAUCCUCAUUGAUGACAUUUAUGAGAAAGAGACCUCAGAUUUCUGGCGUUGUCUUGGAAGAUUUUGAUUCUACUUUUAGCAACAAUUUCUACCACAGUCAUCUUGAUGAACAAUCAAAUGUGAACUCUUCAUCUAUUGUAGCAGCUGCUUCUCUUGUUGCCCGUGCUCUAUACAUUCUUGCAGGUGGGAAUGAUCCUUCUGUAAUGAAAAGCAUAAAAAUCAAUUCCACUUUAGUGGAGGAGCUUCUCGGUUGCCUAUUAAAUUGUGAACCUGGCUUAUCGUGUGGGCUGGUGAAGCACUAUAUUUCACCCUCAACAACUUGCCCAAGUCAUUACGUAGGAGUUCUUUUGGGAGAACCUUCUUCUGCACUAUACCCACCUUAUGCUGGGGACAUUUCGAGGUUUGUAUGGAACUUCUUGGCAGACAAGACGUCCAUCCCAUCAAAAAACGCUAGCUCUUCAUGCCCAAAGGACUGCAGCAGUGUUGGUGAACUGUGUGUUGGAGCAGAGCUUGAUGGGAAAGGUGUCUGUGUUAUCUCUACAACCAGAUAUGUUCCUGCAUACUCAACUCGGCUGAAGUAUGAAUCGGGAGGCUGGACUGUGCUUCCCAUAGGCAAUGCUUCGAAUGUUGAGGACCCCGUUUGGACGGAGAGCAACUGGGAUGCAAUAAAUGUGAGGAUAUACACAAUCCAGAGCACCACGUACGACCACCUGAUAUUGGCAUUGGGUAUUGGUGUCACAGUUAUAUCCUACAUUUUGAUAGAAGCAGGUAGAACGAUGAUCAGAAAAGCCCUGAAGCAGGACUGAUGGACAUCCUUAUUUUUGUCUUGAAAUCGCCCCUGAGAUUCUUUGACCUAACUACCAUAUCAAUUAUCCUCAUAACUAUGGGUAGAUAUCCAAUUGCAGGAAUUUGUAAAGAAACAAGGAUCCAUCUAUGGCAACAUUCAAGUUCCACAACUGUGGUUAGAUCUCA